CAAACAAUUUGUUUGGCAUAAAUAAUCGAUCUCACAUUUAGUUAGUAUCGAACAACAAAACUUUAAGAACAUGUUGAGCUCGGUGGAUGAUCAGGUCAGUGCCUUCAUGCAGAAGGUGCGCGCCAAAGACGGACACGAGAAAGAGUUCCUACAGGCGGUCCACGAAGUCGUUGAGGCGGUUAUUCCCUUUAUCGCUGAGAAUGACAAGUACAACAACCUCAUGAUACUAGAACGCAUGGUGGAGCCUGAGCGUGUGAUUAUGUUCCGUGUACCCUGGAUGGACGACAAGGGACGCAUCCAGGUGAAUCGUGGCUUCCGAGUGCAGUUCAACUCAGCUAUUGGACCGUACAAGGGAGGUCUGCGGUUCCACCCAACUGUAAAUCUGUCCAUUUUAAAGUUCUUAGGCUUUGAGCAGACGUUCAAGAACUCUCUGACUACGCUUCCGAUGGGCGGGGCCAAAGGUGGGGCUGAUUUCGACCCAAAGGGAAAGUCCGAUAACGAGGUGAUGAAAUUUUGUCAAUCGUUCAUGACUGAAUUGCAGAGACAUGUGGGUGCUAACACCGAUGUGCCCGCCGGCGACAUUGGUGUCGGAGGUAGAGAGAUUGGAUACCUUUUUGGACAGUACAAGCGACUGAGUAACGAGUUCGUGGGUGUUUUGACCGGGAAAGCCAUGAGUUGGGGUGGUUCGCUGAUAAGACCGGAGGCGACUGGAUAUGGGGUGGUUUACUUCACGAAGCAGAUGUUGGAAGAAAAGGAUGGGUCGCAGUUGAAGGGAAAGAUUGUGGGUAUCUCUGGAAGUGGUAAUGUAGCACAGUAUGCGUGCGAGAAGGCUAUCGAGUUGGGUGCGAAAAUUAUUACAAUGUCGGAUUCCCAGGGGUAUGUGGUCGACCCUAGCGGUAUCGAUACCGAUAAACUGGAGUAUGUCAUGGACCUCAAGAACAAGAGAAGGGGAAGGAUCUCAGAGUAUGCAGAGAAAUACUCAGAAGCUACGUAUCACGAAGGACAACGCCCCUGGGGUGAGACUAUGGAUAUUGCAUUUCCAUGUGCCACCCAGAAUGAGAUCGACGAGGAAGAAGCAGAGGCUCUUGUGGCUAACGGGUGCAUAUGUGUUGCCGAGGGCGCCAAUAUGCCCAGUACACUCGAGGCUAUACAUGUGUUUCAGAAGGCAAAGAUACUGUUUGCCCCCGGGAAAGCAAGUAACGCUGGUGGCGUAGCUACGUCAGGCCUGGAAAUGUCGCAAAACUCUCAGAGGUACGCCUGGAGUAGAGAGGAGGUUGAUGAUAAGCUCAAGGAUAUAAUGGCGGCGAUACAUGACGAGUGUGUGGCGUUCGGUAAAGAUGGGGACCAUGUGGACUACGUGAAAGGUGCGAAUAUCGCUGGCUUUGUCAAGGUGGCCGAUGCGAUGAUGGAUCAGGGUGUUGUUUAAACUUAGUUUGAUUAAAUAGAUUAGGUCAGUGUGUCUCAGAGUUUGGGACUUUAGGUUAGUUUAGACUUCAAAUUCUGUUCAUUACUGGCACACGUCGGAAGUAAAGGAAUAUUACAUAGUUUGAAAGUCCUCUCAUGUGCUAGACUCUGCAACGAGCGCAGUCUGUGAGAAACAUCUGAAUCCACCACUGGCCCGGGGACUGAGGUGCAUUUUUAUUAGACCAAAAACCAUACGAUAAAUGCAGCGACAUUUUCUAUGACAUCAUAGCGGUAAAUGGAAAUUAAAUUAAAAGUCGGCGAUAAAAAUGCAGUGCAAUUCUAUGACAUCAUUGACCUCACCGGGGG